GGGGCGAGUCAAGGACAUUAAAACUCAAAGAUGGCAAAAGCAAAGACCUCCAAGGGAGAAGGCGCAAACGUCCCCAACAAACAUCUCCAUGCGAGACUAUCGUUUUUGCAUCAGGCUGCCACAUAUUUGGCCGUUGCAGGGGAUGUCAAGGCUUCAGAGCCGCAGACCAAGAGCACCAGCAACGAAGCCCGAAAUGGAUCCGAUAACCAGACGGCUGAUCCGUCGACAUUGUGCGAAAAGGCCAAUAAUCAUCAUGGAUUGGAAGCUAUGCGACUCCUCAGCCAACUGCGUGGCGUAUCUCGGAAAACCCAGAUUCGGCUCGCGCCCACCAUGAAACAUACACUUUGCAAGCGGUGCGACUCACUACUGGUCCCCGGAAGAACAAGCACGGAGAGGGUGGUUAACGAGAGCAAGGACGGCCGAAAGCCGUGGGCGAAUGUGUUGGAAAUCGAAUGUGUCAAGUGUGGGACGAUCAAACGCUUUCCUGUGGGCAUGUCGAGAGACAAAGAAAGAAGAUCUACUUCACCUGGAAAGACGAGUGGCAUCACACAGUAA